CCUCAUCCUCUCCCACCAUGUCUCGGACCUCCUACGAUCGUUUCCUCACCGUCUUCUCGCCCGAGGGGCGGUUGUACCAAGUAGAAUAUGCCUUCAAGGCCAUCUCAGGCUCCGGACACACCGCUGUUGCGAUCAGGGGGAAGGACACCGCAGUGGUCAUCACGCAGAAGAAAGUCCCCGACAAGCUCCUCGACGCCUCCACCAUCACCCACCUCUUCAGCAUCACCCCCACCAUUGGCUGUGUCAUGACCGGACUGAUCGCCGACGCGCGCGCACAAGUCAUGCGUGCACGUUCCGAAGCGGCAGACUUCCGCUACAAGUACGGCUACGAGAUCACGCCCGACGCGCUCGCGCGACGCAUGGCCAACAUCAACCAGGUCUACACCCAGCGCGCGGGCAUGCGGCCGCUCGGCAUCUCGAUGAUCCUCAUCGGGAGCGACCCCGAGUUCGGGCCGCAGUGCUUCAAGCUCGACCCCGCGGGCUACUUCGUCGGCUACCACGCGACCGCCGCGGGCCAGAAACAGCAGGAGGCGAUGAACCACCUCGAGAAGAAGUGGAAGAAGCUCGACUCCGGGCGCGGCGCCGAGGACGCGGUGAAGGCGGGCAAGACGCUCACGCGCUCGGAGGUCAUCGAGCUGGCGAUUGAGGCCAUUUCGACGGUGCACGCGACGGACUUCAAGCCGGACGAGGUCGAGAUUGGCAUCGUCUCCGACGGCGAGGAGGAGGACGUGAAGACCCGGGGGCAGUGGCGGGUCAUGGACACGGCGGAGAUCGAGCGGCAUCUCCUGGCGUACGCAGAGAAGGAUUGAUUUGCUGUGUUUUGUAUUGCUAGUCCCCCUCACGAUCGCAACGCUGUUUCUCUGCGCAUUCC